UUACAUAUUCAUAACCAUUAAAACGCAGUAAACGUUUGCAUUUAGUAGUUGAUAAAAAACUAGCCAUACUUAUAAUGAAAUUAUUAUUAUUAUUACGAUUAUUACUAUUAUUAUUAGUAUUAUAAUUAAAAAAUGAAAGCAACAGACUAAAAAAAAUGACAGUGAUAGAAUGUCUUGCUUUUAAGCGUAACAAACAGUAUGACAUGUGUGCAUAGAGAUGAAUUUUGAGACGCCGCCGUCGAAAAAUUCGACCCUUAUUCAUCGUACUUUUUCAGUUAUUCUUGUGCGUCUAUUUACUUUAUGGUUAUCGUUCAGUUAUCUAGGAUAAUUCAUGCGACGAAAUGUCAUUCGAUGAAAAGUCGUUCGAUGAAAAGUUCAUGCGAUGAAAAACCUUUCGGUGAAAAGUCGCUCGACGAAAAGUCCAUGCGAUGAAAAGUCCGUGCGAUGAAAAAUCUUUCGAUGAAAAGUCGUUCGAUGAAAAGUUCAUGCGAUGAAAAACCUUUCGGUGAAAAGUCGCUCGACGAAAAGUCCAUGCGAUGAAAAGUCCGUGCGAUGAAAAAUCUUUCGAUGAAAAGUCGUUCGAUGAAAAGUUCAUGCGAUGAAAAACCUUUCGGUGAAAAGUCGCUCGACGAAAAGUCCAUGCGAUGAAAAGUCCGUGCGAUGAAAAAUCUUUCGAUGAAAUGUCGUUCGAUGAUUUGUCGUUACCCCAAAAUGAUGAUCCACUAUCUCAGAAAACUAUGAAAGAAGCACUUUGUGCUCGAAUAUGCCACUGAUCAGUUUUGUCUUAACCCUCACAAAAAAUAACUUUAUCAUACUUAACUCUGCUGAAAAAGAUCACUUCAAAAAUAUUUUGAAACCGCACAAAUCAUGAGCAAAUUUCGUAGCGGUCGUAGCGAAAGUUAUAACUUUCGAUAAUUUUUAUUUUUAUGAUAUCUUUUAGCAGUGAAUGAAAUGUGAGCUUAAAUGCUUUUUUAGGUACAGAAACUGAUGGUAGCAUCAUUAGUCCAUCUAGCUUUAAUAAUAUUGUUGGUUUAAAACCUACAGUUGGUCUAACAUCACGCUCCGGUGUUAUCCCAAUUUCACAUAAUCAAGAUUCGGUUGGUCCAAUGGCAAGAACAGUUAUAGAUGCAGCUAUUUUACUUGGAGUAAUUCAGGGCGUAGAUCCGCAUGAUCCAGCAACAUUAAAUGAUAAGGCCGUUCGUUAUCACAACUAUAGUCAAUUUUGCCGUGGUAUCAAUGGAUUUCGUGGUUUAAGUUUAGGUGUUGUGCGGAACUUAAACUAUACUGCUAUACCUCAGGAUCAAUUACGAACAUUCAAUAAAGCGAUUAAUUUAAUAGCAAAACUAGGUGCUCAAAUAAAAGAUCCAAUAAAUUUUGAAGCAGCAGAUUAUUUCGUAUCUGGUGACACCGAAUUGUUAAUAAUGAAAAUAGAUUUUAAGCGUGACAUUGAAUUAUAUUUAAAAACAUUACAAAAUACAAAUAUGAAAACAUUGAAAGAUUUAAUUGAAUUUAAUAAUCACAAUCCAGAUAAAGAAUUUUCACAAUAUAUGCCCGAUCAAGAUAUAUGGUUACAAUCAGAGAAGCAAACACUAACAAUUCAUAGCCCAAUAUAUAAACAGAUAUUUGAAACAAAUUUGAAUUUAAGCCGUGCUAAUGGUGGUAUUGAUUACCUAUUGGAUAAACAUAAACUGGAUGCAUUGGUUAUGUUAAGUGAUGAUAGCACUUCACCAUCAGCUAUUGCCGGUUAUCCAAUUAUAAGUGUACCGUUAGGUUAUUUAACAAAUGAGACUGAAGGAAAUACGGUAGGGCAACCGUAUGGUAUUGCAUUUUGUGGACGAGCAUGGAGUGAAAAUAUUUUAUUAACAUUAGCUCAUGCAUUUGAACAAGCAACAUCUGUUAGACAACGUGUAAAACCAUUACAUGCUCCUUAA